UUAUUUUUGACACUGACAGCUCAGUUUUCAGAUUAAAUUCGUCAACAAAGUGAAAUUCAGAGAAAUUAUUUAAUUUAGCAGAAAACAGGCAAUAAAAUUAGCUAUUGCACUAUAAAUUCAAUCCUCAUAACUUAGUUUAGAGACUGGACAAGCUUUCAAAGCAUCAAGAUGGGUAAAAGACAGCACCAAAAGGAUAAAAUGUACUUAACGUACACAGAAUGGACCACGUUGUAUGGCGGGAAGCGUUCAGGAACUGCUGUAGAAGAGGACACUUCGUUCAAACGCUUGCCUUUCGACCACUGCUCCUUGUGCCUGCAACCAUUCGAUGAACCCUUCUGCGAUGAAGACGGCAACAUAUUUGAGCUGAAAGCCAUCAUAGAAUUCGUGAAAAAGUUCAAAGUCAACCCAGUUACAGGAAAGAAAUUUGAUGCUAAGUCUUUAACAAAACUGAACUUCUUCAAAAAUGCCCAAGAAGAUUACCACUGCCCAGUCUUGUUCAAGCCAUUCACGAAAAACUCUCACAUUGUGGCGGUUAAACCAACUGGCAAUGUUUACUCAUAUGAAGCUGUGGAACAACUCAACAUCAAGGGAAAGAACUGGAAAGACCUCAUCAAUGACACACCGUUCACACGAAGUGAUAUCAUUACAAUACAGGACCCAAAUAACUUGAACAAGUUUAAUAUUUCGAGCUUUCAUCACAUCAAGAACAACUUGAGGGUUGAGACUGAAGAGGAGAUAGCCCUGCGAAAAGACCCUCACGCUAGGCUAAAACAUGUCUCAGCAGAGACUAAGGACAUCCUCAAGGAGCUGGAAAGAGACUACAAGGCACCUGAAGUGAAAGAAACUGUUACAGAGGUAGCGGACAAGUUCAACGCGGCGCACUACUCGACGGGCGCGGUGGCGGCCUCCUUCACGUCCACGGCCAUGGCGCCGCAGACCGAGCACGCCGCCGCCAUCAUAGCCGAGGACGACGUCAAGUACGACAUGGUCAAGAAGAAAGGCUACGUCCGUCUGGUAACAAACUUCGGUCCGCUGAACUUCGAGCUGUACUGCGACGUGACGCCGAAGACCUGCGACAACUUCCUCAAACUCUGCGCCAGCGGGUAUUACAAUGGGACCAAGUUCCACAGAUCGAUAAGGAAUUUUAUGAUCCAGGGCGGCGACCCGACGGGCACGGGUCUCGGCGGCGAGUCCGUCUGGAAGAAGCCCUUCGAGGACGAGGUCAGACCGAACUUGCACCACACCGGGCGCGGCGUGCUCGCCAUGGCCAACUCAGGGCCGAAUACUAACGGCUCGCAGUUCUACAUAACAUUCCGCUCAUGCAAGCAGCUAGACGGCAAGCACACGAUAUUCGGCAAGCUGGUCGGCGGAGUGGACACGCUGACCGCCAUGGAACAGAUCGAGGUGGACAACCGCGACCGCCCCAUACAGGACAUCGUGAUUGAGGCCGCGCAGGUGUUUGUGGACCCGUUUGUGGAGGCUGAGGAACAGUUAGUCAUAGAGAGAGCAGAAGAACUGAAAAGGAAGGCAGAAUCUGAGGGUGUGAAGCCAAAGAAAGCCUCAGCACAACCACUGACAGUGUUCAGGAGUGGAGUCGGGAAAUACUUGAACCUCCAGAGCAGUGCCACCACCAGCAAGCCGGCUAAAACUGAAGAGGUUCCCGCCAAGAAAGCUAAGAAUGCUAACUAUAAGUUUGGCUCUUUUGAUGCUUGGUAGAAGUUCUAGGUAUAGAUAUUAUGUAUAAGUUGUAAUAAAUGUAAUUGUAUAUUU